AUGAUUGAAAUCAGAGGCCACCAUGAUGCCCUCAUCUCCUCCUUCUUCACGUGCACCGACAGUGGCCUCUCUUUCAUUUUGCGUAUUCUCUCGCUCGCUCGCUCGCUCGCUCGUCCCUUUCUCACUGGUCUCUCGUCCGUCGCUCUGUCGCUACUCCUCCUUCUCUCCUCCGUCUCUCCUCCGCCGUCUAGUCACAGAUCCCGAGCUCCUCAUCUCCAGCAUUUAGGCACCAGCAGCGGCCCUUUCAUAAGUUGCCUCUACUUCCUCCACAGCGGCAAACGCGUCUGGCUCUCCAGCUGGCUCGAAACCGGCGGAUUCCUUGUCUGCCUCCUUCCCCUAUUCAUCUCUUUCAUUCGCAGCCCCCUCUCCCGACAAGCCAAGCCCUUCAUCUUCAUCGACGCGCGCUUGUUCCUUUCAGCCUUCGUCAUCAGUGUUCUCACUAGCCUCGACGAUUACCUCUAUGCUUGUAGCUCAGCUCGCCUCCCCAUCUCCACGUCUGCUCUGAUCAUCGCCACCCAGCUAGCUUUCACCGUCGCCUUUGCCUUCCUUCUCGUCAGGAAAAAGUUCACCCCUUUCUCCAUAAAUGCCGUCAUCUUGCUCACUACUGGAGCUGGUAUGCUGGCUCUUCAUUCAUCUGGAGAUCGCCCCUGA